AUGAAUACCACUUUCGUAACUCUCGGCGCCUUACUGCUGCUUAAGUUCGCCUGUACUUCAAACGAGAACGAGGAUCUUGAGGAAGUCCGCGAGGCGGUAGAUUCGAUAAAUUGCGAGGUACAGAGGUUCAUUAGCAUAUUUGAAGACUAUAUUAUUCAGCAGAACAAUCCCAGGAAGAAGCUAAAAAGAUCCAAGUCCGACCACGGCUCUGAAGGGAAGAAAGAGUACGCCCGUACACAUUCGAGCAUAGAAUCACAGUUGAACCGUGAAGGACUAGAGCUUAACGUUGACGAUCAUGGACGGUUCGAUUUUGUGCCCAAGAAUGGAGUGGAAUCUUCCAAUAAGGCCAAAGAUGAGCCACGUAAAAGCGAAGAUUCCGGCGCGCAGGCCCAAAAAGGCCAUCAAUCCGAUACACUUAAAUCCACCAAAAAAAGGAGGCCAAGUGUACAUUUUGAGAGAAAGUCGAGGUCUUUGACCAGAAGUGGAGCUCGCAGAAAGAGAGCCAAAGGCAGCGACAGCUCUUCCGAGGAGCCCAUUCCAAUUAAGUCCAGAUACGUGGAGCAUACAUUCACAGAGCAAGACACUAACCAGGAGCCUAAUCACGAUGAGGACGACGAUCUUGACGAUGAUCUGGACAAUGAAAUAGCCGAGCUAACUUCAAACCUAUCUAACACGACCAUCGACGAUGAAGCGAAGUGCGCCAGAAGAAAGGUCAGAAGCAGCUCUGAGGACAGGUACAACAGGAGGGUGCACGGCCACUGUUGUGACAGUAGCGACGAGGAAACAAAGCAGUUCGAAAAAGACGAAAAAGAUAUUCUUUAUAACAAGUUCAAGUCAUUGUAA